AUGAGCUAUACUAAUCAGUGCGUGAGACAUGGACGUCUGAAUCUGUCUACUUUACUUGCGGUGAUUCUGUUGGUUAUUGUGGGUAAAGCAAUGGCCACUGUAGAGUUCAAGCUUACAGAUGCUGUGCAACUCUCACUACAUCAAACCGCACAAGUAGAGUUCAGCAAGGGUUCCAGUGAUGGUAAUGAUGACAUGAAGUUUUCUAGCACUGAUAUGUUUUAUUUUGUGCGACAGGAAAAUGCCAAAAAUUGUAAUAGCAAACCAAUUCCAGAUGAUAUCUUCAACGUCUCUACUGUCGAUCACGACGGUGGUAAUGCCAAGGGGGCGUUCACAGUGCGCAGUAGUAUCUUUACUGUGGGGGAUAAAUACGGUGUAUGUUAUGUGUCUGGUAACAAGACCUUCCCUGCAAAGCGUGUGGAUUCUGGAGGAGAUGGCUCUCAAUUGGAUGUAUGGCCAAGUCUUUACAGGGAUUUUUCUUUGAGUGUAGAACCAAGUCCCCAUGGGUUGGAUCUCUUCCGCCUCACUGUGGAGGAAACAGCACAGAAGGGACGCCCCGUCAACAGCGGCUUCGGUGGAAACCGUACCAUCUUCCUUUUCCCCUGUGGAAAUGUGGAGGAAUGUAGUGAUGCCAGUCAUGUCUCAGAAUUAUGUGCCAAGGCAAGUGAAGACACCAUCGAAUUGAAUGAGCUGGAGGGUGUUGGAACAGGAAGGAUCACGGGAACCUUCUCCCUGCAACCGUCGUCGACCAAGAAAACCUUUGCCAUCUGUGUAUCAUACUGCGGUGCCGGAGCAGAGGCAUGUAGCAACCCCUCACAUCAGGAAAGGUCAUACACCGCAGUUGAGGACGGCAAAAAAGACAAUACCGGAGCAAUCAUUACUUUUGAGGCCACUAAUACCAACACAUACAGCACAAUACCCGUGAGACCACAGGCACGUGAGGAAGGUUACCUGCAACUUCAUGGUGGUAGUACUCCCACUGAGGGAGAUAAAAUAAUAAUUGUACAGAAAGAUUCGGCUUGCUCAGACAAAGCGCCGUUACUAUAUGGUCUACAGGUUGGAAAAAUUAGUGUUGAGAAUGCGAUGGCGAGAGUCAAUUUUUCAACUAAAAUGCUUAUUGAUGAUAAAAUGGAGGGUAAUGUAUGCUAUUACAAUCACUCCUCCAACGAAUGGAGUAAGUUGCGAAGGAUUGGCGACGGUGACGAAUCGCAGGAAUCGUAUUUUACGAUAGAGGUACUUCAGCCCACAUCCUUCACAGUGGUAUCACCCGCAGUUGUCAUUGGGCAAAGGGUGGAAAUUGAGCUUAAUGGCACGGGUCUUGAUGCUACGCGGGACUCCGCCUUCGUGUCAUUGGACACGUGUGGGGAUCACGAAAAAGAUGGUGUGACAAGGUUUAACUGCUCGUUAAGGAAUGGGAACACACCAAGGUGUCGAGUUGUUGUAGACCCUGAUUCAAACGGUGGUGGCAUGCUGAGAGUGUGUUACCGAAAGAGUGGGUCUCUGAAUGCCGCUGAGGUGAAUGGGAGAAUCACUAUCAACGACCGCAAUCCCUCCUUCGAACUCGCACCGUAUCCUCUGCGUGGUGGACAAACGGGUUCCAUGACAUUCCAUGGGCAUGAUCUCUCCGCUGCGGAUACAGUGUAUUUCGUUUCUGUUGAUACGGAGUGCACUCAUGGUAUGCAGUCCAAUAAAUUCCGUGCCGAGAACGGUUUUGAAGUGGAGAAAGGAACAGUAUACAGGUACGAUGUUGUUGGUGAGGCGCACCAAUGUCUGAAAGUGUGUUAUUACAUCCGAUCACUUGGUGUAUGGUCUGUAGCACGCCCGCAAGGCACAAUGGAACCCACAAAUGGCAAUUGUGGGAAGAACCAUUUAUAUGUGAGUGAGUAUGAUCUUCGUUUCGAACUACCAGACGGUAAGCUUACUCUCAAGGAAACGGCCACUGUAACACUGUCAUCAGGUAUCAUGCCCUCCGACAUGAAACUUGUGCGCUCAUGGGAGAGAUGUGUUUUCCACUUCUGCCUAAUUAAUAACAGAUAUACAUCAGCUUGCGAGUUGCCGCAGAAUGAAGAUGACUAUGUCUCUGCGCGGUUUGAGAAUUCAGUGAGUAUUUUCGGUGCCUCAACCAACGUGGAGUACAUCCUGUGUGCAAAGAACGGUGCGGAAACGUAUAUACCCGUGUUGCAUAAAGGCAGGGAGUUGUCAGCAGCGAAUAUUGUAUUUGAGGCGGAAGAUCAGGUGGUCAAGCACUCUGGCCAUAGUCCUGAUGUGUGGCGUGUUGGUGAAGUAUCGCUGAAUUCGACAUUCAGAGGCCGAGGGUUAAACGCCAGCGAGGACACAGUUCUUGUGUUUAAGGACGAUGUCAUGCUCGGUACGAAGACGAAGGUGUGCCCACCAUUGAGCAAUAAACCGAAUACCGUCCUGAAUUCUACAGCGCUUUCGGGAAAUGACAGCACAAGUUCCGUUGCUUUCCGAUACAGGGGUUCGCACGCACUCUACACUGGAGCGGUGGUACAUCUAUGCUACGUAUGGGGUGGUGGCAAGCAUGUUACAUACACUGAGUCCAUUCAGUUCUCCGAGUCGCAGCCUUCCAGCAUGAGCGAUACGCCAGCAGGUGAUGAUGCAAAGCGGGCUGGGCUGCGUGUAACGCUGAAAUUUCACUCUAAUACGUCUGUACUGAGGUUGGGAAGCGAAAGCGUGCACUUUUACAGGUUUGUAAACUCUUCGGGUCCACGAACAAAAUGUUACUGUGAUGACGAUUGCCCUGAGAAUGAUCGCGUGACUUAUCGGGAUGUGGCGCUGGUAGCGGGUGAAGAUGACAAUACCACCGCGUGGGAGAAUCCAUCUGGGUUUGACAAUCACGGCUAUGGUGCCAUCUACGUAGUGUGUUACGCCUCAAUCGAAAGCAAAUGA